AUGUCUUACGACCGAGUGCUCCCCAACCCGGCGUCUCUGCGCUAUGAGUCUGCUCCGGUAUCCACGCUGCCCAGACCCAGCAAUCUCCUCGACCACAAGAUCAUGAACGACCGCCUGCCCAAAGCCUGCAUGGCCCUGCCGCAUCGCCCAACUUCCGGGCCCAUCCCAGGCGCCGAUGUGGGCAGGUAUCCCGACAUUCGGUCGAGCGGCGUAUCCCAGACGCACCAGCAUCGAGCCUCGUAUGGUCGGGUCAAUGGGGCGCUAAAGCACGACCCGAGUGCGUCGCCCGUGCAGCAACACGUCAAGUCCGGUCCGAUGAUCUCGACCAAGGGCCUGGAGAGUGACCGGAGCACCUCGUCCUCCGGCAGCUCCAGCCCGGCCAAGUCAGCUCAGAAUGAGAAUGUGCAGUUCUGUCUGUGCCAACCAGACCCGAAGAUCCCCCGCCCUCGUAAUGCUUUUAUUCUAUACCGUCAACACUACCAAUCCAUUGUCGUGGCUCAUAACCCCGGCAUGGCGAACCCGGAGAUCUCCAAGGUGAUUGGAGAGCAGUGGAGGCAGCUGUCGGAGCAGGAGAAGAGUAAAUGGAAGGCCCUGGCCGAGGUUGGUCUUGCCCGGAAUGCCCCGAUGUAUGCUGUACGCGCCUUGUUUCCUCAUGCUCACCAUAUACUCCAGGAAGAAAAAAUCCGCCAUGCCCAGCAGUAUCCCGCAUACCGCUAUCAACCGAGGCGAGUGGGCCGCGAUGGCUCCUCUCGCAGCUCCGGCUCGGGCAUCAGUCACAACCCCACUGGCGGAUCAACCUGCAACCGGUGUGGUGGGCGCAUCAUGAAUGCACCCUCGUCCCCAAUGACUCCGUUCACACCAGUGGCCGGCCAGAGCCAUCGGGGGAGUCUAUCAGGCAACAUAUCGUCACACUUGCAUACAGCCACUACAAGUGUGAUGACAGCAAGCAGCUCGCAGUGCCGCGAGAAGCCAGAGAGGGGUCCACCCAAACCCAUUCGCAUCGACCAGAUCGAGCGGCCCCGACACCGAAUAAUGGGGGAGGAAGACAUGUCCCCCGAUAUCAAGCGCCGUCGGCUCUCCCACAACACUCUCAAGCCACCCACCCACGCACAUCGAGACCGCAGCCCCGAGUCACCAUACCCACUGACUCCGUACAGCGCAUCUGCCAACAGCAAUCAGCCCCGCGGCAUGCCACCAAUGCUGCAUCCGCAUCGCCCAUACGGCAGCGCUCCAAGCCAAGCCCAACCAGUCCCAGACCCAAGCCUGAAGCUCCCGCCUCUGCAAACCGCCAUACCCUCAACAUCGCUGCCGCCCUUCUCAUCCACCGAUUCCAGCGUUGAAGCAGCCGUUAUGACCAUUCCAUUCCUCAACAAAAUCAAGCUCCUUGCCAAAAUCUCCCCGACGCUCGUCCCGUCCUUCCGCGAGAUCCAAUCCCGCGGCCCCGUCAUCGCCGUUGACGGCCAGGACCCGGAGCUCGUCCAGACAGCAGUCGAGUAUCUCGAACGCCUGCUGCAGAAGGAGGACAAGUUCAGUGUGCGCGUCUUUGAAGGCCCCGAGGUGCACGCGCCGCGGCCCUCGGACGUGGGGCCCAUGGGCGACGCCACAGUCGACUACCUGAACACGAUCUCAGCAUGGCACCGCAUCUCCGACGAGAUCAUCAGCUUUGUAAAGUCCGGCUCGUCAAGGACAAGCCUCGGCGGAGAAACACCCACCAAAACUAACCCAGACGCCAUGGACACCGACACCAGUACCGACGGCUCGGCCUCGCCAAAAACAAUUAUCCCCAAAACUGCAGCUUUGCAAAUUCACUCGCCCGAGUCGAGUGUCGGCUCCGACGCCUCCAUCGCUACCCCCAGCACAACCGUCUCCACGCUCGCACACAGCCUGCCCUCCACGCCCAUCGCCCUCGUCCCACGCUACCAGCUCACCACUGCCGACGCGUUCGCGUGCAGCGUGCCCAUCAACGACUCUGCGCGCGAGGAGGUUGAGAGGGUUGGGGCGGUGGAGGUGCGGUUGGCGGAUGCGAGCACGGUGGUGCUUAGGAAGGCUGGUGGGGGUGCGGUGGAGGAGAAGGCGUUGAAGAGGAUGGGGUUUGAAAUUGAGGACUUUUUGACGCAGUAG